AUUUUGUUUUUCUCCUUAGAUUGUGUUUUUGGAAAAAGCAGAUCAACAAGAGCAAUUAGCGAAGAAGUGGGGCUUCAAAGCAUCUGACAUAAGAGAGCUUAGUAAUCAUGAAUUCUUCAUGCCAGGAAUGGUUGAUACACAUAUUCAUGCACCUCAGUAUUCAUUUGCUGGAUCAAGAGUAGAUCUACCUCUUUUGGAUUGGUUAAACACAUAUACAUUCCCAACAGAAGUGAAAUACAAAGAUAAUGACUUUGCUGAAGAGGUAUACACCAGAGUUGUAAGAAGAACACUAAAGAACGGCACGACUACAGCAUGCUACUUUGCAACAAUUCACACAGCUGCUUCUUUGCUACUUGCUGAAAUUAUAGAUAAAUUUGGUCAGCGAGCAUUUGUUGGCAAGGUUUGCAUGGAUCUCAAUGAAUUUGUUCCAGAAUACAAGGAAGACACUGAUGAAUCUGUUAAGGAGACGGAAAGGUUUGUUAGAGAACUACUAGAAAAGAAAUAUCAAAGGGUACAGCCUAUAGUUUCACCUCGUUUUGGACCUUCCUGCACUGAGGAGUUGCUGAGAAGACUUGGUGACUUAGCGAAGGCUCGUGAUAUCCAUGUGCAGAGUCAUAUAAGCGAGAAUGAUGGAGAAAUCGAACUUGUGGCGCAAAUGUUUCCUAAUUAUAAACAUUAUACGGAUUUAUAUGAUAAAAACAAGCUACUUACAAGCAAGACUGUGAUGGCCCAUGGCUGCCAUCUCUCUGAUGAAGAGUUGAAACUUUUUAAUCUGCGAGGAGCUGCAAUUGCCCAUUGCCCCAAUUCAAACUUUUCGUUGUGCAGUGGCAUUUUAAACGUACAAAAUGUUCUGAAGCACAAUGUGAAGGUUGGUCUUGGCACAGAUGUUGCUGGUGGGUAUUCAGCUUCCAUGCUUGAUGCUAUCAGGAGAUCAAUGUCUGCCUCUAAUACCCUUAAAUUCAAUAAAGUAAAUGAGACAGGCUUAACCCUUAAAGACGCUUUCCGACUAGCAACUCUUGGAGGCAGCGAAGUCCUAGGAUUAGAUGAUGUGAUUGGAAACUUUGAAGUUGGAAAAGAAUUUGAUGCACUGCUGAUCAACCCCAAGGCUUCAGACAGUCCUUUUGACUUAUUUGCUGCAGACACUUCUGAGGAUAUUAUCCAGAAGUUCCUGUAUCUAGGUGAUGAUCGGAAUAUUAGUGAAGUAUAUGUGGCAGGCAAGCAAGUGGUUCCUUUUUCAAGCUCAGUAUAAUUUCAUUUCUUUUGUGCAAAACAUUCUAUGGAUCAUUCUGCAUUUGAGUGGGAACGGAUUGGUUAAAUGCAGUGCCUCGUUGUCAAGAGCGACACCUCUCUUUCUUUGUUUAAUGCUAUGAAUUUGCAAAACCGUUAUGAGCCUUGUGAGAUUACAAGAUUACCUUACCAAGAUGAUCAGAUUUGUAAAGGAAAAAGAUUUUUAAGUCCAUCUUUACAAAUCACAUCCAUGAGCAGCGGAAGGAGAGAAAGCAGGGGCAGCUAGAUUAAAGCUAGUGCAGCAUACCUGUGUGUGCUAUAAUCACAUCUUCACUUGCAUUCUAGACCGUACCCUGUCAGAGGUUCCAAAUAAAAAAAAAACCAUACUGCUGUUUGGCACUCACUGGUUGCUGAAACCAAAUGGAAUUCAAACCUUUCAUGGUUUUAAUUCUAUUACAAACCUAGAACCCAAGAGUCGGAUUCUCUUUGCACACAACAAUUUAUACCAGUGAACUGAAUUGACUUCAGUGCAGUUACUCCUGAUUUAAAUUGGUGAGAGAUCAGACUCAAGUCCCAUGAUUUCUGCAUGAACCAAGUUUUGGUAAAGAAAAUGAGUAGAUGAAGGCCAGAAAAAGGAAAGUUCUCCCACCCAAAAUGUCAGAGCUUCCAAAUGAUCUAGAAGCUUUGUACAAAAAGCUCUCUCCUUUUUUUAAUUCAGAAAAAACGAAUAGCUAGAAAACAAAGGAUCCGCAGAUUAUCCUUGUCUAGUCACAGUAUUUAUUAUACCUUUAGACUUCAUCUGCACUAAGGCUUUUGCCGGAAGAGGCUAUGCAAAUGGAGGAGGCAUACGGAUCUUGCCCAAAAAGGGGUUUUUGCCCAAAAUGGCCACGACCACACUGCUUGUUUUUGCGCAAAAACCCCUUGCACAAAUAUGGCUCAGAAUAGAUUAUGCAAAUGAAGUGAGACAAAAUGCUAAUCAGCGCUUUGUUUGCAUAGCCUCUUCCGGCAAAAGCCGUAGUGAUUUGAACGGAGAUGGAUUUUUAAUAGCAAACCCAGAGCAGUCUAAAUUUACAGAAUGUACUUGUUUCUGCAAAUAUUUGUCAGUAACACUAUUUGAGCACAAAGACAGGCAUAAUCCCAAUCUGGUUUGCUUCCAGUUUAAAGCUGACCUUUUUGUUUUUGUUUAAAAAAAAAAACGCUA